AUGUGCCGGGAACAAGCAGAAAUCUGGCCACUGCAUGUGGCUGACCUUUCCCUCUCUCCCUACAGGUCACAUCGUCUUCAUCAAAACAGAUCCAGCCCGAACCCGAGCACACCCGCACAACCCCCGUCUCCUGCGGGGGCUCCGCGGCCAGGAACGCGGGCCGGGCGGCGGGUCGGGCCAAGCCCCGUCCCUGCUGCCCCCGGGACGCCCCGGCCGCCGCCACCCACGGACCUGCGGAGGCUGGGGCGCUGUGCCGAGCCCCACAACAUCCGCGCUCGGCGGACCCCCGCGGACAGGUGUCGGGGAGAUCCCGUCCCACGGAGACAAACCCUGCCCGCCUCGGGCUGGGUCACGCCGGGUGCCCCCCGCGGACCCCACGGCCCCCCCAGCCCCCUGCGAGAGCGUCCUUCUCCCUCCGGCACGCAAGAGCUGAUCCCGCGCGUGGGGCUCCGGUGCGGCGAGGGGGCCGCUGGAGGAGUCCUCGCUCCACUCCGGGUCCAGCCGCUUGUUCCUGCCAGUUCCCCCGCGCUCCUCUCUGAAAAGGAGGAGCUCCUUAUUGAAAACCUCCUCAUCCCCGCGUUUGGGACCACGGGCGAGGGACGCGGGGGAUCCUGCUCAUAUUUCCCGCGCUGUGAGGAAGUGGGAUACGCGGUCCGUUUGGUGCCGCGCUUCGUUUUCUCGGGACAGCAGUUAGGCAGCCACUUUGAAAUGUUUAUUAAAGACAUGAAAUCUCUAGUGAAGGUCUUCCCUCACCCGGUCGUCUUGUCCUUCUUCUCUUUUUCUUUUUUCUUUUCUCUCUCCCAAAAGUAUUAAAGACAGAGAAACUGCCCAGAAAAUAAAUUAAGAAAGAAAGAAAGAAAGAAAGAAAGAAAGAAAGAAAGAAAGAAAGAAAGAAAGAAAGAAAGAAAGAUGAGGAAACCCCAAGCACUGGGGAAGACUUGCACUUUGGGACAGAGGGGGGCACCGUGCCCUGCAGGGUGGGACAAUAGUUCUUGCUUGCUCUGCUGCUAAUAUGCAGCUCCAUCCCUGGUCGUCUGGCUCAGGGAAAAGAGGAAAAAAAA